AUGGCUCGUCCAGCUAUUGGAGCGCAAGCAUCACGGCUUGCGCGAGAUCUUCCUCUUGGACUAUCGACAGCUUCCACUCGCAUUCCGAAACUCAUCUAUGGCACUGCCUGGAAGAAGGAACAAACAGCGGAUCUAGUCUACCAGGCUUUGGAAACCGGCUUCCGCGCCAUCGAUACUGCGGCCCAGCCCAAGCACUAUGACGAGCGUGGUGUUAGUAUGGCUGUCAAACGGGCUGUGGGGGAAGGCCUCAUUAAACGAGAGGAUUUAUUCAUUCAGACUAAAUUUACAUCCCCAGCUGGGCAGAAUAACGUCACUCCAUAUGAUUUGAACGCUCCGCUGGCGGACAAAGUUCAUCAGUCUGUGCAGUCUUCUCUAGCUAAUUUCAGUAUCGACGGCCAAGAGCCAUAUCUCGAUAGCCUGGUGCUUCAUUCGCCCAUGGAUACUAUGCAAGAGACAAUAACCGUGUGGAAGACGCUCGAAACCUACACACCGCACAAGAUUCGGAACCUCGGGAUAUCCAAUACUACUCUCCCCAUCUUACAAGCUUUGUUCAACGACAUGACCGUCAAGCCCUCUGUCGUGCAGAAUCGUUUCCACAACAGAACUGGGUAUGAGACCGAGCUUCGAGCUUUUUGCCGUGAAAAGAAAAUAGUAUUUCAAUCUUUCUGGACCAUCAGUGCCAACAGACAUUUGCUUCAAUGCAGCUCCGUGCGAGAGGUGGCGCAGAAGGCCGGGGUAGGAGCAGUUGCGGCGUUGUAUUCGAUGGUGUUGGGACUGGAGGGGACUACCAUCUUGGACGGCACAACAAGCCAGGCUCAUAUGGAGGAAGACUUGGAGGGUAUAGAGACUGUAGGAGUAUGGGCAGAGGGGGAUGGAGCUUCUGACUGGGCGUCCGCGCUUGGUAGCUUCGGACAGCUAAUCGGGGAAUCAUAG